ACAAUAUUGACGUCAUUUCCAUACGACCUUGUCUGCUGUCCCUCAUGUCAUAACAUGGUGGUCUGUGACCAGAAUUCUAUGGGGAUUACAUUAUUUCUGAUUUAGCUGGACUAAAAUUCGAGCCAGGCGGAUUACCCUGCAGAAGCGAUGCCUCGCUACGAGCUCGCCCUGAUCCUGAAAGCGAUGCAGCGGCCUGAGACGGCGGCGGCUCUGCGGCGAACCGUGGAGACUCUGAUGGAGCGCGGCGCCGUGGUGAGAGACCUGGAGAACCUGGGAGAAAGACUCCUGCCCUACAAGAUGACCAAACACAACCAGAGGCACUCCCGAGGCUCCUACUUUCUAGUCGACUUUUACGCAGCUCCCAGCAUCCUCAAUGGGUUGUUGGAUCACCUGCACCGUGACGUGGACGUGGUGAGGCCCACUGUGCUGAAGAAGGAUGAGCAGGUGUCCACCAGCACCACCACCUGCUGCGGGGCCCCGCAGUAGCUGCACUGGACGGGCUGAGGGGUUCUUCCGGACUUCCUGUUUUCACUUCUCCUGAACACAGUGACCCAUCACACGCUGACCCUUUUUUUCUUGCUGUUGGUCUGUUGCACCGCAAUUUUUAAUAAACUAAGCAAUAAACAAUUAUUUUAUUUUUUUGUAAGUCAUA